GUGACCACGAUAAAAUAGACAAAAAAGAAGUAACCUAAUUUAUGAUUUUUUAUGUUUCUGUUUGACAAAUUGUUGACAAAUCAUCUAAAACAAAUCAAAACAUUUUAAUAUUCGUCUUCAAUGAAAUGAUAUUUAAAUAUGGACACACUAUACAAUCAAACCAACAAGUUAAUUCAACAAACUCAAGCCAAUUUUCAACUACUAGAAGGUAGCGGUAAAAAUGCUCUGGACAUUGAAGGAGAUAUUCAACAGAAACUGGAUGUAAUAAAUAGCAAUUGUAACAAAUUGGAUUUAUACACAUUAAAAGUACCCUUAGAUCAGCGACAAAAUGCUAAAAUGCGGUGUGAUCAAUUAAAAUAUGAUAGUAGGCAUUUACAAGCUGCUCUUGCCGCUGCUCAGCAAAAAAGACUUCGCAGAGAAGCAGCAGCCAACGAAAGAGAACAACUUUUAAACAGACGUUUUACAGCUAAUCCUGACAUGACUAGCAUCAAUAUUGAUUAUGCAGUACAACAUCAAGGUUCUCUUCAAAAUGCUCAUCGAGGUGUAGAUGAAAUGCUUGUUACAGGAAACAACACUUUAGAUUCACUGAGAAGUCAAAGAGCAACCUUAAAAGGAGCCCAUAAAAGAAUCAUGGAUAUGGCGAAUACUCUUGGCUUGAGUAAUCAUACCAUGAAAUUGAUAGAGAAGAGAGUACACGAAGAUAAAUUCAUAUUUCUUUUAGGAGUAUUUAUAACUGUUAUUGUGAUAAUUUUAGUUGUUAUUUAUUUGACCUAAUGUUUUUGAAAAUAUAGUACCAUUUAUCACAGCAUUUACAUAAAGUUCUUAGUUAAUUGUUAUAAAUUAUGAUGUAAAACUGAAAGUAUUCUUUGGUAAUAUAAUUUAUAUUAAAAUGUA